AGACUUGAUUGGUAAUGCCCCUCUUGAUGAUAUUGAGACUUAUCCUUGCACCCAAUCUUGCUUUGCUUCAUCAACUAUCCAACAGGAUCUCAUUGCUCCAUUUGCAUACAUAUAUGAAUCCUUAUCCUCCAGCAACGCCAACAAUUACAUCUCUUGCUGCACUCUUGUAAGCUUAUGUUCCCAUGUCACAAAUGCUUGCUAAGGCAUUGCUUACAGUAACAGUACUAUAUAUGAUCGUUGGCUUAUCUACUGAGGCUUUAAGUCGAUAUGACUUCCCUGAAGAUUUCACCUUCGGAACAGCUUCUUCAGCUUUGCAGUUUGAAGGAGCUGUUACAGAGGAAGGUAGGGGACCGAGUAUAUGGGAGACGUUUGCAAGAAAACCUGGGAGGAUUUUAGACUUCAGUAAUGCAGAUGAAGCAGUCGACCAAUACCAUCGAUACAAGAUUGAUGUAGAGUUGAUGAAGGACAUAGGCAUGGAUGCCUACAGAUUCUCAAUUUCAUGGUCACGGAUAUUCCCAAAUGGAACUGGAGAACCUAAUCAAGAAGGAAUAAGCUAUUACAACAAUCUUUUAGAUGCUCUGCUAGACAAAGGAAUACAACCAUACGUUACGCUCUAUCACUGGGAUCUUCCACAGGCUCUAGAGGAUAGGUACAAUGGAUGGUUAAGCUUAGAGAUAGUAAAAGAUUUUGAGCAUUACGCCCAUACUUGUUUCAAGGCUUUUGGGGACAGAGUGAAGCACUGGAUCACCUUCAACGAGCCUCAUGGAUUCGCAAUUCAAGGAUACGACACAGGUAUGCAAGCUCCCGGAAGGUGCUCUAUUCUAUCUCACAUGCUAUGUCGCAGAGGCAAAUCAUCAACUGAACCAUACAUUGUCGCUCACAACAUCCUCCUAUCUCAUGCUGCUGCUUUUCAUACUUACGAGUACCAAUUCAAGGAGAUACAAAACGGUUCUGUUGGAAUCUCUCUUGAUUCCAAGUGGUAUGAACCUAUAUCAGAGGCUCAAGAAGACAGAGACGCUGCUCAAAGAGCAAUUGAUUUCGAACUGGGAUGGUUCUUGGACCCUCUCAUCUUUGGGGAUUAUCCCCACUCCAUGAAGGAGCUCGUAGGAAGCAGACUGCCAAGAUUUACAAGUGAGAUGUCCAGAUCGUUGGCUGGUUCCCUGGAUUUCAUAGGCAUAAACCACUACACCACACUGUAUGCCCGGAACGAUCGAACAAGAAUCAGGAAGCUGAUACUGGAUGAUGCUUCAUCGGAUGCCGGCGUGAUCAAGACAUCUUCACGACAUGGAAAGAAGAUUGGUGAAAAUGCUGCAUCAGGAUGGCUGCACAUUGUGCCGUGGGGCAUCCGCAAGUUAAUGAAUUAUAUCAAGGAUAACUAUGAUAAUCCACUGGUUAUCAUCACAGAAAAUGGUAACACCAAUCUGAUACUUAAUUUAGUUCAACAAAUAUUACAAAAUCAAUUCAACUUUGCAGGCAUGGAUGAUCCUAAUUUCACUAGUCUGGACAAAGCACUGAAUGACUAUAAGAGGAUACAGUUUCAUUCUGAUUACCUCUCUUAUCUACAAGCUGCAAUACGGGAGGAUGGUUGCAAUGUACAAGGCUACUUCGUGUGGUCGUUACUAGAUAAUUGGGAGUGGAACUCUGGCUACACAGUUAGAUUGGGCCUCUAUUAUGUUGAUUUCAAGAACAAUCUAACUCGGAUAGAAAAAGCUUCUGCUAAGUGGUUCAAACAUGCACUGAAAAAGGAAGAUGUCCCUGUACAGAACCAAAUCCAAUAAUAUAAGUUCAAUAACUUCAUCAUUCCUGUAUCAUAUAUAUUGUUUCAGUACACAAGCUAAUCUUAGCGAAAAUGUGAGAAUGAAUCAUAUCUCGAAACAUUUGUGUAGAAGACUGUU